CGUGCAGAAUGCCGCCGACUUCAACGGCAGCACCAGCAUGGGCCCGUCGGCGCUCUACGACAGCACGUUCAAUGUGCCCCUGGACCUGACGCUGGCGAGCAUUCUCGACCAGGCGCCCUAUUCGACGCCGCUGCCGUCCAGCACGGUGCUGGACCAGAAGAACGGGCAAAAGGAAGCGGCCGAUUUCUUCUCAGAGUUGAUGGUGAACAGCGAGCGCGAGAUGGCGUUCCUUCUCCGGCAUUUUUCCGAGUUCAUAGCGCCGUGGUAAGUCUCCUGACCGGCGGUUGA